AUGUGGGUGCUUGGUACGAGUGCAGCACCUGUACGGCCUCAAGUACGGAUUGCGCCAGGCCAAGCGCUAUAUUCCACGUAUGCUAGUCGUAUGCGGGCAGGCACCACAACGCUGAUGCAACCGAUUUAUACAGGGGGCCAUGAACUUGAGGCCAGCACGUCCUUGCGUCAUCGAGCGUCCUUGUACUACGAGGACGAUAACACGGAUGAUUCUGAUGAGUAUGUCGACUCGGAAGAGGAAGAAUACAGUGCCCAACGCAGUAAGCGCUCACGUGGAGAGUCAGAAAGUGGCCAGGCGGAAUCACAGGACAUACAUCCCACAGACGUUGAGGCGCAGGCUGAAUCAGCGCCGCCUGGUAGUCAGCUAGGCCUGCCCGUCCCUAGCAACCGACUUGUGGUCCGUCCAGCCACCAGAACACAGCAUGCAUACUUUAAGGAGCAACAGCUAAACCAGCAAGGGGAAACCCCCGAGAUUUUGGUACCGAUUCGCAUUGAAUUUCAUACAGAUACGCACCGAAUAAAGGACGUAUUCAUGUGGAAUUUAAACGAGCAGCUGGUCACACCGUAUCAAUUUGCCCAAACCUUUCUGCAAGAUCUGGCUUUGCCGACACAGCCGUAUGCCACUCAAAUCGAAAACUCGAUCGUCCAGCAACUCACAGAUGCGAAAUCAGUACUCGACGCCGAUGGUGAAGGGCUGAGCCGUAUUAUUGAAAUGAAAUCGGCCUCGCUGGAACGGAAGCGGCAAGAAGUCGAAGCACAGAAACGCCGUAUGGCCAUGGCCCAAACUCAAGCCACGGGUAAUGUCGAUGCCAAUGGAACGUCGUUGCCUCGGAAACGAGGACGGCCACGUAAAUACCCCCUCGAGGCAUCAAAACCCGUUGCACCUUCCACGCCAACAGCGGGUACACCGCCUGCAGUGGCAACACCUAUCACGCCAUUUGCAGAAUCGACACCUGUGGUGCUAGCAAGGACCACCCCGUCUCCACCAGAGACACAGACAUCCAAGUCGAAAGAAGAACAAGAUCCUAAGGAGCAGGAAAAAGCCCAGAUUCAUGCACGACUGGCCAGUAUUGAUGCUGAAGACGAUAUCCGUGUCAUUGUGGAAUACGAAGUACAGCUAUCACGGCAUAUGCUACGGGAUCGGUUGGAAUGGGAUUUGGGAUCCUCUCUCACCCCAGAGGCGUUCUCCAAGACCCUUCUACGUGACCUGGGCUUGCCACUUGAAAGUGGGGUCCUGAUUUCGCAUGCCAUCCGCGAGCAGCUCCUUCAUCACCGUCGCGCCGCCCAAGAUUUGGGUUUGUUUGGAAGCGGAAAGAUUUACAAAUGCACGAUGGACGAGCUGGUGGCCAUCAACAAGAUGGAGCAGCAGCAGCAGCGCAUUGAAGCAGGAAUGGACUUGGAUCUGCCUGAAGAGAGGGAGGAAGACGAAGCGGCCCAACACCGACAAGCUAUGGAAGCGGCCAUACGCGCUGUUGAGGCUGACGAUGUGAGCGCUCUUAUACGAGCAGAGUCUGCACCACCACAUACCCGCAGUCGGCGCAUGGCAGCCGGUGGUCUGACCAUCACAGAUGCCUCUAUGUCGGUGCCUUUUGUGGUGCCAGAUGCCUCUUUACCACUACCGAUACGACGUCAACAGGCAUUGGCAACGCUACGAGAUCUACUAGCCCUAGGCCCUCGUCCACUCGAAGGUGUAUGGCGUGACUUUACUGAAGCAUCAGAUUUCGGUCCAUUACUGGAAUAUCUAAGUGAUGCAGAACUGGAAAAGAUGGAAGAAGCUCAACUCCGAGCUAGUCGCCGUAACCGCCGCGACGCGCAGCGCGUCGGACGAUCGCGUCGAUAG